AUGAGCGGCGACACAUACUCAUCGCGCGAUGGAGGCCGCCAUGGCUCAUCCAGGGACUACGGUUCGUCCCGCCGCGACCGUGAUGAUCGACGAGACCGUGGCCAUGAUCGCGACCGCCGCCGCCGUUCUCGAUCGCCCUACGAUAGCUCCCGUCGGCGCGAUGUAGGCGGCGAGGUAGACACCUACUCAUCCAGCCGAAACCACCGCGAUAGAGAACGCGAGGACAGAUAUGGGGGGCGAGACCGCCGUGGAGACCGAGACUGGGACCGCGAGAGACCACCACGACGUGAGGGCGGCGGCCGCAGGGACGACGACAGACCCCCGCGUCGCGAUCGUGACCUCUUUGACGACAGGCGCCGCGGUGGAGGCGGAGGCCGUGGUGGAGGUGGUGGACGGGACAGAGAUAGGGACAGGGAUAGGGACCAGGACGAAUUCAGGGACCAGCGGCGCCGCAGUGAUUCGCCGCCACCUAAGAAGAGAGAGCCUACUCCCGACCUGACCGACAUCACUCCCGUCCUGGAACGCAAGAGGCGCUUGGUGCAGUGGGACAUCAAGCCUCCUGGUUACGAGAACGUGACUGCCGAGCAGGCCAAACUCUCCGGGAUGUUCCCAUUGCCCGGUGCUCCCAGACAGCAGCAGAUGGACCCAACCAAGCUCCAGGCGUUUAUGAACCAGCCCGGAAACUCUGUCAGCAGCGCGACCCUCAAGCCUACCAACUCGCGGCAGGCCAAGCGCCUUGUCGUCUCGAACCUCCCUCCCUCCGCGACCGAAGACAGCAUCCUGAGCUACUUCAACCUGCAGCUGAAUGGGCUGAACGUUAUCGAAUCUACCGACCCCUGCGCACUCGUCCAACUAUCCGCCGACCGUUCUUUUGCCCUGGUCGAGUUCAAGACUCCCGACGACGCCACCGUUGCUCUGGCUUGGGACGGUCAGUCGAUGGAGGCAGACGAUGCCAACGGCGCGGCCAAUGGCACGGCAUCCGGUCUGCAGAUCCGACGGCCCAAGGACUAUAUCGUUCCAGCUGUUGUCGAUGACCCCAACUACGAGCCCGGCCGUGUCUCUAACGUCGUGAUCGACACGCCGAACAAGAUCAGCGUGACCAACGUCCCGCCAUACCUGACAACUGAGCAGGUCCUGGAGUUGCUGAGCAGCUUUGGUGAGCUCAAGGCAUUCGUUUUGGUCCAGGAUCGUAGCACAGAGGAGUCACGAGGCAUUUCUUUCUGCGAAUAUCUCGACCCGGCCGCCACUGAAGUCGCGAUUAAGGCUCUCGACAACAUGGAGCUAGGAGAGAACCACCUCAAGGUCCGCAAGGCUAGCAUAGGAAUCACGCAGGUUGCGGGUGUGGAGAUGGGCGUGAACGCCAUGUCUAUGCUUGCCGGCACCACAUCCACCGAUUCGGAGGUCACGCGCAUCCUGCAGCUGCUGAACAUGGUAACUCCAGAGGAGCUGAUGGACAACGAUGAUUAUGAAGAGAUCUGCGACGAUGUUCGGGACGAAUGUUCCAAGUAUGGACAGAUAGUGGAGAUCAAGGUUCCCCGACCUGUUGGUGGCAGCCGACAGUCCGCUGGUGUGGGCAAGAUUUUUGUCAAGUAUGACACCCCGGAGUCGGCCACGAAGGCGCUGAAGGCCCUGGCCGGAAGGAAGUUCGCAGACCGGACCGUGGUCACGACUUACUUCCCCGAGGAGAACUUUGAAGUGGGUGCUUGGUAA